CGCCCCUCAUCCGGGCUGGACCCCCUCCACCACGCAGGAAUCGGGGCAGCCUGCCGUCCCCCUUCCAUCUAAGAAUGGCCCAUCGCCAGGCCCCAAGUCAGUGUGGCGGUUUCUUCCAGACCAAAUCCCAGAGCUGCUACCAGAUGAAGGAUUUCGCCACUGCACUGUCUCUGGCCAACAUGAUCUUGGGGCUCUUCUCCAUCUUCUGCAGCUUUUGCCAGAAGCCCUGCGGUGCUUGCUGGAUGCUUCUCAGCAGCUUCCUCUUAGACAUGGCAGUUGGGACCAUCACCAGACACCUCAGUGUCUGCUCCAAAGCGGUUUUGGAGCUGAAUGACUUUGCCAUCUUCACCACCUUCGGCCUGGCCUCCGCCCUGCUCCUCGGCGUGACCGGACCUCUCAACAGCUUCCUCAGCACCAUCUACGUACUUGCAACCACAUUCCGCUUGUGCUUUUAUUCAGCCAGUGAGAGGAACCCAGGCCUCUCCUCCACCUACAGGGGCCUCCCCUGCCCCUAUGCUUCCUGCGUCCUGGCCUCCACCUCCCUGCUGACCAAAGGCAACACGUUCAUUCUCUCUUGCAUGGCCUCACUCAUGAUUCUCUUCAUGAUGGACCAGAGUUACUACCCACAUGACAAAAUCCUGGAGUCUGAGAGCUGGAAAAAAAUGGUCUAUUUGGGAGGAAUCAUCACGCUGCUUUUGUUUCCAUUCUCCCUAACUGCUUUUUACUGCCUGGUAUGGUCCCUCUCCUACAUCUUCUUUCCAGAUGCUCUAUGGGGCGAUGAAAUAUCCCUUAGGCUACAGAACCGGCACCAAGGAAAGUAA